AUGACCGUCAAGACGAAAUGGGAGCCCUCAAUCCCAGACAAAUUGGGCUGCUACCCGACGAGGGACCUGAGACCCGGUCAGUUCCGGGGAUGGGCCAUCAUAUUUUACGACGAAGAAUUCGACACCAAGCACAUGCACGUGCCUCGCAGGAACGUGCACUUGGACGUGGAUAAUCUGAAACGCGUCUUCAGAGACAGGGGAUUCUUGGUCAAGGAAUACAAGAACCUUGCCUAUCAUGGGAUCCAACAAGAACUGGAUGCAAUUACAGCUUCGAAGGAGCUGAAGGAGCACGAUUGCCUGGUCGUAUGCGUCCUGUCCAUGAGGAAAGAAGGCGGAAUCUAUAAAAAGGAUGACAAUUUCGACGAGAGGAAACUCUGGAGUCGAUUCUACGAAUGCGAAGCCCUACACGGGAAACCCAAGCUGUUCGUCAUUCAGACAUCCAGUGGAAUGCGUCACGACGUCGGACCGAAGGGAGAGUGGCAGCACGGUGAUCAAAGGCGCGAGUCGUACGACACGCACGAGGAAGCCGGCCUCGACGAGGACGACGACGACCAUGACCAUGGCGAGUAUUACCUGCCAAUCUACCCCGACAUUCUCGUCUCUCAGGCCCGCUACGAAGUUACAGCUUCGGCGGAGCUGAAGGAGCACGAUUGCCUGGUCGUCUGCGUCCUGUCCAUGAGGAAAGAAGGCGGAAUCCAUAAAAAGGAUGACAAUUUCGACGAGAGGAAACUCUGGAGUCGAUUCUACGAAUGCGAAGCCCUACACGGAAAACCCAAGCUGUUCGUCAUUCAGACAUCCAGUGGAAUGCGUCACGACGUCGGACCGAAGGGAGACUGGCAGCACGGUGAUCAAAGGCGCGAGUCGUACGACACGCACGAGGAAGCCGGCCUCGACGAGGACGACGACGACGACCAUGACCAUGGCGAGUAUUACUUGCCAAUCUACCCCGACAUUCUCGUCUCUCAGGCCCGCUACGAAGGGGAUGUCCCAAGCAAAAACCCGGACAUGGGCUCCUACUUCAUCCACACCUUGUGCAAAGUGAUGGAAAAGCAUUCCGAGACCAUGGACGUGGUGAAGAUGCUCACCAUGGUCGCCCAGAUCAUGGCCGUCCAGUUCAAGACCAAGCAGCAGCAUGGAACCUACAAUGAAAAGAAAGAAAUGCCGACCGUCCGAAGCACGGUGACCAAAGAACUGUAUCUCAAAACCCAGCCAUAUUGA